GAUGGACAAUAUUGAAGUCAUAGUCCCUAAGUCAAAUGAUGAUGUUGAAUAUAUUGAAAGGGGUGGAAACCGUAUUUGUAUUCAUGUUCAGAGUGUGGAAGAAAUUGAGCAAGAAUGCGAAGUCGAAAUGGAUUCAAAUCAUCAAAAGAAAACUCAGGCUUCCUCAACGGAUGUUGAUAUAACACAGGCUUGGUUCACUUCCAAAGAUGACAAAGAAUCUCGUAAAGGUCAGGGCCAAAAUUGGAAAACUGGUCAGUGGACGAAAGAUGAAGUUAACAUUCUUAAGGAAAAUGUCGAAAAGUAUUGUGAAAAAAAUUCUAUUACGGACCCUACUAGGGUAAUUUUUGACAUGCAGAAGGAGGAGAGGAAAGAUUUUUAUCGCCAGUGUGCUAAAGGCUUGGAGAGGCCUCUUUUCUCCGUUUAUAGGCGAUUAUUGAGAAUGUAUGACAAGAAAAAUCAUAUGGGAAAAUACUCAAAGGAGGAGGUUGACCGGUUAAGAAAGCUCACAACAAAGUAUGGUAAAGACUGGUCGAAAAUUGGGCAGGAGAUGGGCAGAAGCGCCUCAUCUGUUAAAGAUAAAAUGCGCCUUCUUCGAGAAAGCAACACGGGCAAGUGGAUGCCUGACGAGGAAGCACGCCUAGUAGAAGCAAUACAGGAACUCCAAGGACAGACUACAGGCGUUCCUGCAGUUCACGGUAUUGAAUGGGCAAAAGUUGCUGAUAAAGUUGAAUCGCGAUCGGAGAAGCAGUGCAGGACGAAAUGGUUAAAUUACCUUUCCUGGAAACACUCCGGCGGUAAAGAAUGGUCUAGAGAUGACGAUCUAAAGUUACUCGAUAUACUGCAACAUUUGAAAGUCGACAAUGAUAAUGACGUAAAUUGGACUGCUAUAUUUCAAGACUGGCCCAGCGCAAGAAGCCCUCAAUGGUUAAGAGCCAAAUGGUGGUCUCUUAAGCGACACGUUAAUGCUUACUCAGACAUGAAACUGCCCCAAUUAAUUGAAAACGUUAAAAAGCAAUUGCAAACAAGAUUAACUAAUUCUCAAUCAUCACUAGGGAAUAGGUUGUCAAGUGAAAACGAUAGUGACACAUCUCAAACUGUAUCAAUACUAACUUUACCAACGCUUCCGCCACUUAUUGACAAUGCUGUUCUCCUAGACCAAACAACCUCACUCAAUCAAUCGAUUAUAUUAGAUCAAAGUAACAUUGUUUUCGAUCAAAAUGUUAUAAUAGAUGAUGACGAGGAGGAAAAGGAAAAAGCAGAUUGUGAUAAAGAGCAGGAGAAGCACGAAGAAAUCGAAAAUGAAAUCGUUGUAACCCCUUCAACUGUUCAACAGCAGCAGUUCUUAAUUGCCAAUAGCGCCUUAGGCCUAUUAACUACAUCAGCCAACAGUUUAAGAGACCAUAUAGUUGUUCAUGCUGUACCAGUCAGCGCUGGCAAUAACAUACCACAAUCGUUAGUGUUUGCAAAUGAUACUGUUCAGCUGGCACCUUCAGUUGGUUUACCCGAUCAAGAAGGUCUAAGUGUAAUUGAUCCUGAUUUUGUUGUUGGGUUUAAUUCUGAUUCAAUUUAA